AUGUUCAAAUUCAAAGGCGGUACCAGCGUGAAUAUCAACAGCCAUGAGAACCAAAACCCAGAUCCGCAGGCGUCCAUCUAUCCACACAGGAUAGCAGAAGAUGCCCCAUACUCGACCGCAGAAGCUAACCUGCGCUCUGCUAUCUUCAUCCCAUCAGAGUUCAAAUGCGGCCUCGACGGCAAGACUCCAGUCAUACUUGUUCCCGGUACAGGUUCCUAUGGAGGCGAAGCAUUCAACCACAACUUCGCCAAACUGCUGAAAGCAAGCCCAUUCGGAGAUCCUGUCUGGCUCAACAUCCCAGGGAGAAUGUGUGAUGCAUCUCCCAAGAACGCAGAGUAUGUUGCAUACGCUAUAAAUUACAUAUCAACAGUGUCGACAAAGCAAGUUGCAGUAAUUGCCUGGUCUCAGGGGAACUUGUCUACACAGUGGUCACUCAAGUACUGGCCUAGCACUCGUGCAGCAGUCAGCAACUUCAUAUGCCUGUCGGCGGACUUCAGAGGCACCAUAAACGCUUGGGGUUUGUGUCCAAUACCAGGAACAGUUCCAGGAACGCCAGCUGUUUGGGCUCAGACUAGAAACUCGAAAUUCAUUGCCGCUCUUCGAUCCAAUGGCGGUGAUUCAGCUUACGUCCCUACAACAUCGAUAUACUCAGCGACUGAUGAGGUCGUCCAGCCUCAAUUCGGACCCUUUGCAUCUGCAUUGAUGAAGGACGAACGGAAUGUAGGAGUGACAAACUGCGAGGUGCAAGUGCAAGCUAUGUUCAUGCCUGCAGGUCUCGCAUAUUCUCAUGAAGGGAUUAUGUAUCAUCCACUGGCGUGGGCACUGACAGCAGAUGCCCUCACUAAGGGUGGCCCAGGUGAUCUGACUCGCAUCAAUCUAAAAUCGGUCUGCCUGCACAGAAAGGCACCAGGCUUGAGUCUUCUCGACGCGACUCAAACGCAGGCUUUGAGCGGAUGGUGCUUGAAGAGUAUUCUCACCUUCCUGCCGAAGCCGUGGCGGGAGCCAGAGCUUCCUCUAUUUGCAGCAGCAGAAAAUACAACAUACACCCCAGAAAUUGUUGAGGCCGUUAUACCCCCCAUACCGGCACCAGUAACAACCGAGACAGCUGUUCCACUUGCUUAA